AGGACGUUCAUCAUCUUGCAAAUUAAAGAGCAGCUGUUCUCUGCCUCCUCGACUCUGCUCAGCUUGCCAAAAUCGGAAAGAUUGCGUACUCUCUUGAUCCACUGUGGAAGACAGGACCAAAAUUACAUCUCUGAUUCAAGAUGCAACAUCGCAGACAUUCUUGUCCAGAUGUGCUUUUGAUUCAUUCUUCUUGUUCUGUGGUGAAGCACACGCGCGAUGAUGCUACUUUUUCCUCCGCAUCUCACAGGAAAGAUUUCAUGCCGACUCCGGCACUUAGUGAAGUUUCCCAUCACAAAUGGGAGCGAUUUCGAGGAAUUGCAAACAAGGUCUAUGCAGCAUCCAACUUCAUUACAAAAACUUCUCAAAAAUCAGAAGUCUUGUUUCACAAACUCAUGACAAUUAAUUUCUCCGCAAUCGAUGUGAAUGGCAAUUUGACCUUGAACGGAAGCCAUAAACCAAUUGAUUUGCAUUGCCGAAUUCCGAACAAAUCUUCGAUUGAUGAGGGGGGGAACUUUGUUCAACCUACUGAUUCUGAUGUUCGUUACAAGGAGUUCACAUUUGGCCAUCUGUAAUGAUUGGAUGCUUUUCUAUGUAAACUAUUCUGGAAUUACAUUUUAUAUCCUUGA